AUGCCGGAAAAUACAGUAGUGGCUCCACCAAGGCAUCACCAUUCAAGUGUGGCGCUUCCGCCCGCUAUCCUUCCAGUGCCAUCUGGAGAAAACCAUUCGCCUCCGCUGUCGGUGAUCAAAUUUCUCGAACUGUGUCUUGCGGUAGCAUGCACUACACUGCACUACUACAGCUUUGACGAUGGUGAUUUGGUGACGGGUUUCCUUGCAACUGGGACGUUUUGUGGGUUCAUAGUGAUACUGUCAACCAUAAUGGCCGGUUACCUCAUCAAGGCACACCUGCACCGUCGUCUGGCCAUCUUCUACAGCCUGCUUGGCAGCGCCUGCUUCCUCACGUCCGGCGUGUUCAUCAUCGAGGCGUGGAAGCACGCGUUCCGGACUAGAAUGCGUGACCUCGCGAUCACCAAGGGCUCGAUCGCGAUCAUCAACGGCGUGAUCUUCCUGAUGGACACCAUAUUUACCUUUCGCGAGCGCAAGUAAACCGCAGCGGUGUCACUGCAUCGGUACCAUUUGGUCGGAUGUGUAACUGGCUAAGACCCUCUCCUACUCUGCCUUCUGCAUCACAUCACGUCUCUGGUCUUGGCUGCAUUCAACUUAAUAAAGAGCGUUUAUGU